AUGGCAUUCUGGUCCGGCACUGUCGCCUCUAAAGUGCCCCGGAAGAUCUUGUUCAUGUUCACCCUCUCCCUGUCCGUCACCUACUUGUUCUACAGCUUGAUGAGCUGCUACAACUCGCUGCAGUUCCCGCUGCAGGACAACUUCGCCUACCAGGCUCGCUCGGCCGGCACCGAGGAGACCACUCUGGUGAGGGAACAACUUUACUCCACCUCGCCAAGCUUCGCUGAGGCUCAGUUCGGCCACGAGAGCACGCUGCUCUCCAUUGUGGACCGGGAGCAGGGCGGCGAUCAUGCGGGAACUCGCCGGGCAUCUCCCACAGAGUCCACCCGCCUCCGGGCGGCCACGGAGGGCGACCUGCGGGUGAACUGUACCUCGGAUUACGGCGAGAAGAAACUGCCUCAAGCCAUUAUCAUCGGGGUGAAGAAAGGGGGAACCCGAGCCUUGCUGGAGGCGCUCAGGGUGCACCCAGACGUCCGAGCAGUUGGGAACGAGCCGCACUUCUUUGACAGGAACUACGAAAAGGGUCUGGACUGGUACAGGGACCUGAUGCCUUCAACGCUGGAGGGACAGAUCACCAUGGAGAAGACCCCCAGUUACUUUGUAACCAACCAAGCCCCGAAGCGCAUCCACACCAUGGCUAGAGACAUCAAGCUUAUUAUCGUGGUGCGUAAUCCUGUCACCAGAGCCAUUUCGGACUACACACAAACUCUGUCCAAGAAGCCCGAGAUCCCGACCUUUGAGGUUCUCGCCUUUAAAAACCGAACCCUAGGUCUCAUAGACGCUUCGUGGAGCGCUUUGCGCAUCGGAAUAUAUGCGCUACACCUGGAGAGCUGGAUGCAGUACUUCCCUCUUUCCCAAAUGCACUUUGUCAGCGGCGAGAGGCUGAUCGUGGACCCCGCAGGCGAGAUGGCUAAAGUCCAGGAUUUCUUAGGCCUCAAGAGGAUCGUGACAGACAAACACUUUUACUUCAACAAGACGAAAGGUUUCCCAUGUCUGAAGAAGCCAGAGGACAGCAGCACUCCCCGCUGCCUGGGAAAGUCAAAAGGAAGAACUCACCCCAAAAUCGAGCCUGACGUGAUUCGACGGCUGCACAAAUUCUAUAAACCCUUUAACAUGAUGUUCUACCAAAUGACUGGACAGAACUUUGAAUGGGAGCAGCAAGAGGAGAGCAUAUCUCGAGGCUCUCUGGUCUAG